AUGGCGGAUAUGGUCGACAAAUUGACCCAAGAGCAAAUUUCAGAAUGUCGAGCAGCCUUUCGUCUAUUUGAUAAGGACGGAGAUGGUACUAUAACUACUCAGGAACUUGGAAUUAUAAUGAGAUCUCUAGGCCAAAAUCCUACAGAUAUAGAGUUGAAAAACAUCAUAGAUGAAGUUGACGCAGACGGUGAUGGUACAGUGGAUUUCCAUGAAUUUCUAACUAUGAUGUCAAAACAAUUGUCGUCACGAGACACAGCUGGUGAAAUUCGGGAAGCUUUUAGAGUUUUCGAUAAGGAAGCAAAUGGAUUUAUUACUGUAGAAGAAUUACGUGACAUCAUGGGAAAUAUGGGAGAGAAAAUGACGGAGGAAGAGGUAGAAGAGAUGAUACAGGAGGUCGACAUAGACGGCGAUGGAAGAGUUUAUUGUGAUGAGUUUGUGAAAAUGCUUACAACGAAGUAA